AUGCUCAGCUUCAGCAUGGAUCGUUCACUAGGUCCUGUUACCUACAGGAGAACUGCGGAUGGCUACGUUAGAUCUAGUUCUGUUUCCCAAAGUGGCAGCAGCACUUUUCAAUCGCAGACUCGGAGUCGUAGAAGUGCCCCAUCUUACAGUGAAAGUCGUGAGUCCUCCAAUGGGCCAAGGGAUGAAAAGGAGGCUUUGCAAGGGUUGAAUGAAAGGUUUGCUGGCUACAUAGACAAGGUCCGAAGGCUGGAAGAACAGAACCAGAGUUUACAAGAAGAGACAGAAGUCUUAAGGAAACAGCAGGCUGGCAUCUCUGCCAUUGGGCAGUUGUAUGAAAGAGAGAUAAGGGACAUUCGCAAUCAGCUCCUGAAAAUAAACUCUGAAAAUACUCAAGAACAACUGGAAACAAACCGACUUAAUGAGGACAUUGAGUUAUUGAGGCUAAAGACCCAAGAAGAGGAGAGGCUGAAGGGAGAAGCCGUGUCUGCUGAGAGGGCACUUAGGCAGUACCUACAGGACUGCAGCUUAGAAAGUGAGCAAAUUGGAAGGAAGGUCCAGGCCCUGCAGGAUGAAGUAAACCACCUGUGCAAAAGCCACCAAGAAGAUGUGGAAGAAAUGCUUAGGCAGAUACAAAGCAGCCAAGUGGCAGCACGUCAGUUUGGAGAAUUGCCUGGAUUGGAAGUGGCAUCAGCUCUGAAGGAAAUCAGAGCUCAGCUGGAUUGCCAUAUAGGAAGAAGUAACAUGCAAACCCAAGAAUGGUUUCAAGUUAAGUUAGAGAAACUGAAUGAAGCGUCACAUGUGAAUACCCAAGCCAUCCGUUCUGCUAGUGAUGAAAUAACCACCUAUCGACAUCAACUGCAAAACCAAAUCACCCAGCUAGAAGUUCUGAAAGGAACCCAGCAGUCUUUGGAAAGGCAAUGCAUGGAUCUAGAGGAUCGCCACCAGGCAGAACUGGCAUCUUACCAGGAAGCUUUGCAUCAGUUGGAAAACGAACUAAGGAACACCAAGUGGGAAAUGGCUGCUCAGAUACGAGAGUAUCAAGAUUUGCUGAAUGUCAAGAUGGCUCUGGAUAUUGAGAUUGCAGCAUAUAGAAAGCUACUUGAGGGAGAAGAAUGUCGUAUUGGUACCAGUUUUGACCAUUUUCCAUUUGAUGCAAGAAGCCCAAGGUUACCUAGCACACCGAAGCACAUUAAAGUAAAAAAGGAAGAAAAAAUCAAGAUUGUAGAGAAGUCAGACAAAGAGACAGUUAUUGUAGAGAAACAGACAGAAGAAACUCAUGUGACUGAAGAGUUGACAGAGGAAGAAGAAGUGAUCACAUCUCCAAUAAACGAACCUGAAGAAGAAAAUGAGAAGAUCAAAAUAAGACCAAGAAAAUAUCAAGAAUUAGAUGACCAAACUGAAGUUGAUGAAAAACCAUCUAAGAAAGAUGGAAAAGCAGAACCAGCAAAGAAAGAGGGAAAAAAGCCAGUCAUCCAUGAAGAAAAGCCUGACACUAAUGAAAAUGAAGGUCAAACAAAACAAGAUUCAGGAAGGAAAGAUGAUAAGCAAAUGGUAAUCAAUAAGGAAGAGAAAGGAGAGAAUAAGGAAGGGGAACAUGCAAAGUCAACAAAAAAGGGAGAGUCCAUCAAAAUAGAUGAAAAGGCAGAAGAAAAAAUAAAGUCACCUAAAGUAGAAGAAAAGGCAGAAGAAAAGCAGCAAGAUAAAGAAGUGGAAAAAAAGCCAGCUCAAGUAGAGGAGAAAAAAAAACUGCCUGUAAAGGAAGAUGAGAAAAAGUCACCUAAGGAAGAAAAACCAACAAAGGUAGAAGAAAAGCAGCCAAAGAAGGAGGAGGGAAAGAAGCCAUCUAAGGCAGAGGAGAAGAAACCACCUGAAGCUGAGGAAAAGUCAAAAGUAAAAGAAGAGGACAAAAAGUCAACUAACGAAGAGGAGAGGAAAAAAAAGCAGCCUGUGAAGGAAGAAGAAAAAAAACCUAUGGAAGAAAAGAAACCUCCUAAGAUGGCUGAAAAGCCGUCAGAGAAGUUGGAUGAAAAGAAACCAUCUACAGUAGAGGAGAAGAAACCAGCUCAGGUAGAGGAAAAGCAGUCAGAGAAGGAAGAUGAAAAAAAGCCAGCUAAGGCAGAAACAAAGCAGCAAGAUUUGAAAGAGAAAACUAAACCAACUACAGAAGAGAAGAAGGAAAAGCAGGUAGAAAAUAAGUUAUCUAAUGAAGAAGAGAAAAAAACUGCUAGUAAAGAUGAAAAACAGACGUUGAAGGAAGAAGAAAAGAAGUCUCCAAAAGCAGAGGAUAAAAAAACAACUAAGAAAGAGGAAAAGCAACCAGCAAAGGAAGAAGAGAAGAAGCCAACUAGUGUAGAGGAAGAGAAACCAUCAGAGACAGAAGAAAAGCAACCAGUGAAGGAAUUGGAAAAAAAGUCAGCUAAUGUAGAGGAGAAGAAAACAACAAAGGCAGAUGAAAAGUCGCCCCAGAAAGAGGUUAAGACAUCAUCUAAAACAGAUGAAAAGACAUCAGUUAAGACAGAAGAAAAGCAGUCAGUGAAGGAAGAGGAAAAGAAGCAACCAAAAGCAGAUGGCAAAGAAACAAGUAAGAAAGAGGAAAAACAACCACCAAAGGAAGAAGAAAAGAAGCCAGCUGUGGUGGAGGAGAAGAAGUUAACUAAGGCAGGAGAAAAGGAGCCACUGGAGGUAGAGGAAAAGAAGCCAGCUGUGGUGGUGGUGAAGAAAACAACAAAGUUGGAUGAAAAGCAGUCUGUAAAAGAGGAUACUAAGUCAUCUAAAGCAGAUGAAAAAUCACCAGUUAAGCCAGAGGAAAAGCCGCAAGUGAAGGCAGAGGAAAAGAAGCAACCAAAAGCAGAGAGUAAAUUAAUUGUGGAGGAGGAAAAACAACCAGUUAAAGAAGAUGGAAAGAAGUCAGCAAAGAUAGAAGAGAAGAAAUCAACUAAGGCAGAGGAGAAGAAAACAGAUAAAGCAGAAACAAAAAAAGAAUCUGCUGCGGAAGAUGAUAAAAAAGCAUCCAAAUCAGAAGAGAAGAGGCCAAGCAAAGAAGCAGAAAAGCAGCUAGUCAAAGAAGAAAAUGGACCAAUUAAGGCAGAAGAGAAGGUACUAAAGAUGAGUGAGGUAAAAUCGGACCAAAGGCCUAAAAAAGAGAAAUCCCCAGUGUCAGAGCAACCUACUAAAGAGAAAAAAGAAACAGGGGAUAGCCCAAAGUUACCUAAAAAGGCCUUGGAAACAAGUACUAUAAAGUCUAGUGGAGAUCUGAAAACUAAGCUUGAGAAAAGUGAGAAGUCUUCUGGUACAGAUCAGAUAGCAAGUAAGCUCUCUCAAGAAGCAAAGAAAAGUGAAAAGUAAAAUAGCUUAUAAAACACCAGCGCACACGGAUGGUUGGAACCACCAAAAAGGUCCCAAAAGAUCCAAGAAUCAUGAUCUGGAACUGUCAUUUUCAGAGACGCUGC